AUGGAGCACCAAGGUGUCGUUGAUGAGAUAAGGAGACCUGUACCGGUAUAUACCUGUAUGGAUAGCGCGUCAUUUCGGAAAGAGACUGGAAGUUUUCGGGGUUUGAGUAGAGGAGGAAGUCGAGAUGGGGGUAUAGGGAGUAGGGGGGGAGAUGGCCAGGGUCUGGAAGAUGGGGAAGAAGCAGGUGCUGGAAUAGCCGCAGGCAAGAGGAGCCGAUUGAGGAUGGGUGCGAUCAUCGUGGCGCUUUUUCUAUCUUUAUUCGUCUCCGCCCUAGAUGCGACAAUUGUCGCAACAGCCGCACCGACAAUAUCUCGCGACCUCUCCAGUGCCGCAGGCUACACCUGGAUCGGUGGCGCCUACCUCCUCGCCAAUGCCGCCUCAGGCCCCAUCUGGGCCAAAUUCUCCGACAUCUGGGGGCGAAAGCCUAUCAUGCUAUGUGCACUUUUACUCUUCUUCAUCAGUUCAGCGGUUUGUGCGACUGCAAAGACGAUGCAGGAGCUCAUUAUCGGCCGAGCUUUCCAAGGCACGGCGGGUGGUGGACUAAUUCUACUGGUGCAUGUUUGUAUUAGUGAUUUGUUCAGUUUGAGGCAGAGGAGUUUACUCAUGGGAUUUAUGGAGGGGAUUUGGGCGUUAGCAGUCUACAUCAACCUCCCUAUCAGCGGAAUAGCCGCCCUGCUGAUCCUCCUCUUCCUGGACAUCAAGCAUGAGCACACAUCCUUCGUUGACGGCAUGAAAGCCCUAGACUGGUUCGGCAUCUUCACCUUCCUCGGCUUCACUCUCAUGAUUCUUUUCGGUCUCGACUUUGGCGGCGUGCUCUUCCCCUGGGAUUCCGCAAAAGUCAUCGCUCUCCUCGUCGUCGGCUUCGUCAUGAUCUUUGCGUUCAUCUACAGUGAAGCCAAACUAGCAAAAUACCCCCUCAUGCCCAUGAGCCUAUUCAAGCGCCGCACAAACGUCGCCGCAUUCUCCGUUGUCUUCUUCCACGGCUUCGUCUUCAUCUCGGGUGAAUACUACAUGCCGCUGUACUUCCAGGCCGUGCUCGAAGCCUCGCCGCUACGCUCCGGACUUUUACUCCUCCCCUUCAUCGUCACUGGCGCAAUCGCUGGCGUCUUCUGCGGCGUCAUUAUGCACAAGACUGGUAAAUUCCGUGAAAUCAUCUGGGUCGGCGCGUUACUCCUCACCAUAGGUUUCGGCCUCUUCAUCACCUUUGACGCAUACACUUCCACUGUAAAAGCCGUCUGCUUUCUCAUGGUCGGCGGUCUCGGUUCAGGAAUCUUAUUCGAAGCACCACUCAUCGCCAUUCAAAGCCAAGUCGAACAACACAACGUCGCCAGCGCCACAGCGACCCUAUCUUUCAUCCGCAACAUUGGCGUCUCCAUCUCCACUAUUGUCGGUGGCACAAUAUUCCAAAACUCGAUGAAUGGCCGCGCUGCUUUCCUCCGCGAGGCUGGACUCCCAAAGAAUAUAUUCGACCAGCUCGACGGCGACAGUGCAAUGGCUAAUGUCAUGUUACCCGGUAUGCUGAAGGAGCGUGCGUGGGAAAUCGCUGCUAAGCAGGCUUUUGCGUACGCGAUGCGGAAUAUGUGGAUUACAUAUACCGUGUUUGCCUUUUUGGCGUUCAUGGCUAGUUUGUUUGUUCAAGCGGCGCAUUUGGGGACGGAGCAUACGGAGACGGUGACGGGGUUGAGGAAGAAAGAGGAGGAGGUCGUGGCGGGGUCUGGGACGGCGACGCCGAGCUCAUAG